GCCCUUAAAAACUUACCAAACAAAGCCAAAAGGGAUAAGCAUGGCUUAAAACAGUUUCCAUUGUGAAUAAACACUUGGAGACAGUCCAUGGAGGACACCACGGAGGAGCGUGGAGAGGCGCGUGAAGCUGUAAAGGCGUUUGUUUGUUGACUGCCCAGUCGUAUCGUAGCUGUUGUUGGCAAGAACAGAGGAACUGUGUUAGGAGCAUGAAAGAGCAGGGAAUAUUAGAUGAUAACUUUGAUCAUGUGCUUGAUUUACGAAGUACAGACAAUCCUCGCUUUGUUGUGGAAGUGAUAUCCAUGUUCCUGAACGAUGCUGAAAACUGUGUAGCAGAGUUGAACCGAUGCCUGAAUCAGCCUGUUCUUAACUAUGCUCGAGUUAUCAACUAUGCUCAUCAGCUUAAAGGCUGUAGCUCUAGCAUUGGUGCCCGCCGGGUGAACCUUGCGUGUCGUGAGCUCCAAAAUGCUAGCGAUGCUAUGGAUCAAGACGGGUGCUUUGAGGCUUUCAACAAGCUGAACAUUGCAUUCCAGGUUCUGAAGAACAACUUAAAUUCAAUUACCCAGAUAGAGAGAUACAUCAUGGCUAAUGAGAGCAGGAGACGCCGCCUCCUCCUCCGUCCAUAGGGUGGUGGUUUAGCUAUGCCAAUUCAGGUGCUCAGGCAGAAAAUCUGAGUUGGCUUUACAAAUAUAUGCUAUGAUAAUAUAAAUAAGAGUUCACUAGAACUCAAAGUUCUACCCGUUGUAAGACUGCUUUUGUUCUAUGUUUGUAUGUUUGAGUUUGAGACUUUUAAUAUUGUUCAGUGCUCUA